CCAGAAAAGCUCAAGCACCACAAAAUCAUCUUCGUGGUGGGUGGCCCCGGCUCAGGAAAAGGGACACAGUGUGAGAAGAUUGUCAACCUCUCCACGGGAGAUCUGCUGCGGGCAGAGGUCAGCUCGGGCUCGGAGCGGGGCAAGAAGCUGCAGGCCAUCAUGGAGAAGGGCGAGCUAGUGCCCCUGGACACAGUGCUGGACAUGCUGCGGGAUGCCAUGGUAGCCAAAGCAGACGUGUCCAAGGGCUUCCUCAUUGAUGGCUACCCUCGUGAAGUGAAGCAGGGAGAGGAGUUUGAGAAGAAGAUCGCCCCCCCCACGCUGCUGCUCUACGUGGAUGCUGGGAAGGACACAAUGGUGAAACGCCUGCUGAAGCGAGGCGAGACCAGUGGGAGGGUGGAUGACAAUGAGGAGACCAUUAAGAAACGUUUGGAGACAUACUACAAGGCCACUGAGCCUGUCAUUGCCUUCUACAAGAGCAGAGGCAUCGUCCGCCAGCUCAACGCCGAGGGCUCCGUGGACGAGGUUUUCCAGCAGGUCUGCACCCACCUCGACUGCCUGUGAGCAACCCCCAGCCCAAGUCCCCCAGCGCACUCCGGCAGAGACAGCGGAAGCGGCUUUAUCCUGUUUUCGUGGACGGAGCCGUGCGGAGGAAAUUUCAAGGACAUUGUGUUUGGCUCUUUCCCGUCUCUCCCCAGUAAAGUUCACUUUAAUGA